AUGGCACAACUUUAUCAAUACAAUAGGCUCGAAGACGAAGCAUAUAACGUUGUUAUCAACCGCACUUUGGAUGUAUUCCAGUCUAAAGAUUUCCUGUUGUUGUCAGUCGACACAAUACAAGACAUUCUCAAUCGUAACUCGGUAUGUCCUAACGAAAUUGAAAUAUUCCGAGCGGUUUUUCGCUGGAUCAAAGCGAACCAAAACGAUCUGGAUCCUGAUGAUAAAAUCAAAGUUUUAUCUGUCGUCAGGUAUCAGCUGAUGAAUGAUGAAGAACUGUCUGAGGUUAGGAAAUCGCAACUGGUUAGCUCGGAAACAAUUUCGAAUGCCAUACAAACAAGAAACACGUGUUCACUAAAUAAUCUUAAUUACCGAUACAAAUAUGUGUGCGAUAUAGAUGUCACUAAUACUAGUUAUGCCUAUCCGGUUAUCAAUGAAAUUGACGAUGGUACCAUGAUCAAUUUGGGUCUUACGACAGAUAUAAACUAUAUUAAGUUUAUGCUAAAGAAUUGUCAAACAAGGGAUUACAGUUACUAUGUUGAAGUUUCAAUUAAUGGGCACGAUUGGGUGCGUGUUGUAGAUCAUUCAAAUUAUAAUUGUCUAUCAAUUCAACGUUUGUGGAUUUAUCCACGCAUAGUUCAGUAUAUACGAGUACAAAUUGUUGAAAACAAAUGUACUGCUAUUGCGAGUUUCAAAUUUUGGAAAGUCGUGUACAAUUCAGAAGAAAUGCACUUGAUGAACAUCAAAAACGGAUUAAUGG